UAUAUUCAAAGCACGUUUUCAAGUUUUCAAGACAGCAAUGCUACUACGUCUCUCAUCCAAACACAUCACGCUAUCGCACAAUCCGGCUUCAACGGAACAAAUUCACAAAAGCUCUAAACCAACAGCGAUUUAAAACCCUCCGCCGUAUCUUACCGCGGGGACGGAUUCAACAGAAAGAGUUACGAAGAUAGUUUUCAACCCGGGAUCACCCUUAAGCAAAGAGGAUUUCUUGCACAAUCCUUGACAGAGAUUCGAGACUGUGUGGGAACCUUUGGAGCAAGCAAAUAUAUCGACAACAGAUCACCGGACGAAGACAACAACAUCCGUUCAUAGAGGAAUGGCUAGCAAGGCAGUCAAAAAUAGCGAGAACCAGAAAAAGAGAAGAUCACGUGAUGCAGCACGAUCCAGGAGAGGACAGCAGAACGAUGAGUUUGUGGAGCUUGCCAAUCAGCUGCCACUGCCCGCAGGACUUUCAUCGCAGCUUGACAGGCUGUGCAUCAUGCGGCUGGUUAAUAGUUACAUUAAAAUGAAAAACCUUCUUCAAUCUCUGGUGUCCCAAGACAUGAAGAAGAUUGUGUCUCUCAAUGUAGCAGAUACCACAGUAUAUGACAAGGCAUCACUGGAGGCACUAGAUGGGUUUGUCUUUGUUGUAACACCAGAUGGCCAGUGCAUUUAUGUGUCAGAUAACAUCACCCAUUACAUGGGACUCACACAGAUUGAAGUAACUGGUAACAGUUUCUACAAAUACAUCCACCCCUGUGAUCAUGAGGAACUUUCCAAUCAGCUUGGUGGACAGAUCCCUCUUGAAGAUAUGGAAAUCUUCGAUGGCCUGUUCUGUUCUGAUUCUGUCUUUAUGAUGAGCAAUCACUUGAAGGGUGGAUCCAAAAAAUCCAUGCACGAGAACCCUCACAAGUCAUUUUUCUUGCGCAUAAAAAGCACAUUGACAAGCAGAGGAAAGAAUGUUAACCUUCGAGCCUCAACUUACAGAGUUGUCCACUGCACUGGUUGCAUGAAAAUGUCUGUGAAAGUCUCAGAGUCAGGAGAAGAGGAGAAGGUUCCAUUGUUUAUGGUCGCCAUUGGAGUUCCGCUUAUGUUCACAUCCACUUUUGAAGUUCCACUUGACAGAGCCACCUUUACCAGUCGUCACAGUCUUGACAUGAAAUUCUUGUCAUGUGAUGACAGUGUUGCAGACCUUCUUGGUUUCACACCAACAGAGAUUGUUGGCAAGUCCUGGUACCACUUCCAACAUGCUUGUGACUUGGACACAGCAUUAGCAUGCCACAAGACUUUGCUGACCAAAGGCCAGUCUGUGAGUAAGUACUACCGCUUCUUACUUCGCAAUGGAGGAUGGGUGUGGCUUCAGACCAAGGCCAACAUUGUUUACGACAGUAAGACAUGUCAGCCACAGUUUGUCCUCUGCACAAAUUACAUCAUCAUGAGAGUUGACGAGAAGGAGUACAUACUGUCCACAGAACAAGUCAACCCUGUACCUGCACCUCUAGGUCUUGAUCUAGUGGUUAAGAAAGAAUGUGAAAAAGGAAGGGGCACCAGAAGAAAACAUUCCAUUGUGCUGGAGGAACGUACAAAGGUGCUGAAGGCAGCAGCGCAUGAACAGCGUCCAAGUGCAGAUGUCAAACCAAAGAAGGAGAGCAACCUUAAUACCUGCUGUAUGAAGACACCUGCAAAACAGGCAGCAAAGAAAUCCUGUCAGUGUCUUGAGGGUGUUGACUGUGACCACAUUAAUUUUCAGGAGUUCUUCCCAGUGGCAUGGGACACUAAUGAUGACCUCAUUGAGCAACAAAAGGAAUAUGAGAAGCUGCUGCAAACACACUAUGGUGUUACUGAUGACACACCCAGUCCCACCCACUUGGAAAACAGCACCACUGAAAAUAGAGUCCCCUACAUUCCUUCACCAAGUAAUGACCAAAAUAUUGAUAAAGGAAAAGUAGCCAAUGAGGAGGAGGAAAAUUUUGACGAACGUGCUCCAUUUAUUCCACUUUCAAUCAUGGACUCAGAGUUGGAUUGCGAUGAUGAUUUAUUGGUGGAAAUUCCUUUCCUCGAUUCACCCAUGAUACCAUCACCCUCAUCGUGGCUGCUAAAUGCAGAUGAAAGUAUCCCAUCUCCAGGAAGUGCUGUUAUGCUACCUCCAGCCAAGCCUCUAUCUUACAACCGUCGUCCAAGUCUGUCUAACUCAUGCUCACCUGUUUUGAGCAGAAAGGAGAUCCCUACCGCCAUCAAACACAACGGGUAUGUGACAAACGAGACGGCCCACAAAGGGAAAGCACUGUUUCCAAACAUCAGUACAUGGGAAGCUGAAGUGAAUGCACCAGUUCAGAACAUUAAUCUUUUGCAAGGUGACGACCUGCUUGAAGCUCUUGAAUGUGUUGACUUCUUGUGAACUUUGGCUGGGCAAGUGAAGCAAACUGUAUGUCUCAUCUAGGUGUGACAACAGUUAAAGGACUUAUUUCAAUUAUUUGUAGGUUAUACUCAACUUUAUAAGUUCAUUGCAUUUAAUGUCUGAUUGUAAUGCAAAAUGCAAUUCCAGUAAUCUUUGUCAGGGAACAUAUGUCAUCACAUCACAUUUAUUUAGCUUUAAGUUUGGAAUUUGUUUGUUUGUUUGUUUGUUUGUGUGGUGAUACAAAGGCAAAGUGGUAAGCCUUGUGGACUCUGAAUAGAGAGAUUCGAGCCCUGGCUCAAUCCCCGUGUUAA